AGCAGUGGCUGAAACGCACUGAGCAUGCCCACAACGGGCUGUGUUGUCAGGCAAAAUAAGACAGCAGAAGGAGCAGAGAUCUGCAAUAGAUAAACACACACACAGCUAGGCAGACAUAAAGAGAGAGAAUAGAGGAGGGGUAGAAAGAUUCGAUUCCAGCUACCAUUGUGCUUUUCUGAGGAACAGAGACAGAAAGCUGGGAGCUCAGUGCCACAACAAAAAAUUAAACAAAAAGAAAAAGACAGCAUUUCUCUUUCUACCUCACGAGAAGGCUGAAGUAGUUGUGUGAAGCAGUGGUUGCCACGGAAACAGCAGAGAGAGCUGCCUACCCAGUGGAUGCUAAAUCUACAGAUUGCCUUGCUUCUCGUCCUACUGUAAACAGUUCAGUGGCCGGAAUGGAGGAGAAAGGCCUAGUCCUAUCUGAGCUUCACCUAUGAACUGCAAAUCCAAUGAUUGGCUGCUGAAGACAGUGAGAAGGUAGUGACUUCAUUGAGUGACCUCAAUGCUGAGGCUGCCCUGUCAAUCUCUCUGUCUGCAGGACGUCAAAGGCCAGUAUUGGACUGAUGAGGAAUCUGAUGGAGACAAUGACUCCGAGGAGUUCCUGUAUGGGAUCCAGGGGAGCUGUGCCGCUGACCUAUACCGUCACCCUCAGCUGGAUGCUGACAUCGAGGCUGUGAAGACCAUUUACAGUGAAAAUUCUCUGUCUGUCAGGGAGUAUGGAACCAUUGACGAUGUGGACAUUGACUUGCAAAUUAACAUCAGUUUCUUGGAUGAGGAGGUGGCGACUGCAUGGAAAGUUAUAAGAACAGAACCGAUUGUCCUCCGUCUCCGUUUCUCCUUGUCUCAGUACCUCGAUGGACCGGAGCCUUCAGUGGAAGUGUUCCAGCCUUCAAAUAAAGAAGGUUUCAGUUUGGGACUGCAGCUUAAGAAGAUCCUCACCAUGUUCACCUCCCAGCAGUGGAAACACCUGAGCAAUGAGUUCCUGAAGGCUCAGCAGGAGAAACGGCAUAGCUGGUUCAAAGCUGGAGGCACCAUCAAGAAGUUUCGUGCUGGCCUGAGCAUCUUCUCCCCCAUCCCAAAGUCUCCCAGUUUCCCUCUGAUCCAGGACUCCGUGAUGAAGGGGAAGUUGGGUGUGCCGGAGCUGCGGGUGACCCGGCUCAUGAACCGCUCCAUCUCCUGUACCAUGAAGAACCCCAAGGGGGAGCUCUUCAGCUACCCCCCCAACAGCCAGAGUGUGGCUGUCCCAGCGGCCAGGCCUCCUGCGCAGAUUACCACGAAGCAGCUGAUUGAAUUGUUUUUCUCAUCCCAGGCGGGGGGCCACUGCAAGAACAUUCCUACCUUGGAGUAUGGCUUCCUAGUGCAGAUAAUGAAAUACUCUGAGCAGCGGAUCCCUACUCUAAAUGAGUACUGUGUUGUCUGUGAUGAGCAGCAUGUGUUUCAGAACGGAUCCAUGUUGAAGCCGGCUGUCUGCACCAGGGAGCUGUGUGUCUUCUCAUUCUACACACUGGGGGUGAUGUCAGGGGCGGCAGAGGAGGUGGCCACUGGAGCAGAGGUGGUCGAUCUUCUAGUGUCCAUGUGCAGAGCAGCUCUGGAGUCACCCAGGAAGAGCAUCAUUUUUGAGCCAUAUCCGUCUGUAGUUGAUCCCAAUGACCCCAAGACACUGGCUUUUAACCCUAAGAAGAAGAACUACGAGAGAUUGCAAAAGGCUCUGGACAGUGUGAUGUCUAUUAGGGAGAUGACACAGGGAUCUUACCUAGAGAUUAAGAAGCAGAUGGACAAACUAGACCCAUUAGCUCAUCCUCUGCUGCAGUGGAUCAUAUCAAGUAACCGAUCCCACAUUGUCAAGCUGCCCCUCAGCAGGCAACUCAAGUUCAUGCAUACAUCCCAUCAGUUCCUGCUGCUUAGCAGCCCCCCAGCAAAAGAGGCUCGAUUCCGAACAGCCAAGAAACUCUAUGGGAGCACCUUCGCCUUUCAUGGUUCCCAUAUAGAGAACUGGCACUCCAUUCUGAGAAAUGGACUAGUCAAUGCUUCUUAUACCAAACUGCAGCUGCAUGGGGCAGCAUAUGGAAAGGGGAUCUAUCUCAGCCCCAUCUCCAGCAUUUCCUUUGGAUACUCAGGGAUGGGGAAAGGACAGCACCGAAUGCCCACAAAAGAUGAGCUGGUACAACGUUACAACCGGAUGAACACCAUACCACAGAGUCGUCCCAUUCAAUCCAGAUUUCUUCAGAGCAGGAAUUUAAACUGCAUUGCACUUUGUGAGGUAAUAACCUCGAAAGACCUUCAGAAACAUGGGAACAUCUGGGUGUGCCCAGUGUCAGACCACGUUUGCACACGAUUCUUCUUCGUGUAUGAAGAUGGCCAAGUGGGAGAUGCCAAUAUAAACACUCAGGAGCCUAAAAUUCAGAAAGAGAUCAUGCGCGUGAUUGGUACUCAGAUUUACUCCAGCUGAGCAGCAGUGAGAGAGGAGGCAUUGGAAACGAAGCUGAGAUAAAAGCCCCAGGAGACUACAGUUUCAUGCUUGGGCUCAGUAAUGAAUGGACUGAAUGCAACAAACUAGUUUCAGACCUAGUCUGCAUAAUCUGGAAAGAGGGAGCCAGUGAAAUAUUUGUCCUUUCUUUCUCCUCCAUGUCCCUUUUAGAACAACAUCAGGCAAAGAGCCUUCAAGGUGCGUCUUUAAUGUUGCUCUAUGCACUUGACUAUAUUUUAGCACCCUGGAGAGAAGUAAGACACACAGAAAAGUACAGAUUAUGGAAAUUUCCAGAUGGAAAUGACUGGUUUCACCCAUGAGGAGGCUGCUAAGGUAGCAUUACUAAGCCUUAAUGAAUGGGGCUACCAAACAAUAAAAGCAUGAUUCAUCGACAGAGGGAAGGGAAUAAAAAUACACACAAAGCAGGUAUCUACUGGUGCAUGUUUUCAGGUUUGGUGACUUUGACAUUUCUGUGGAAGCUACAGAUGACUGCUUGUUUCAUCAUCCUGAUCUUUUUCUGUCAGUGGGAAAUAACCUCUUUUCCCAGUUUCUGUAUUUUACUGAAAUUGAAGGACACAGUUUUGAAAAACAUCAGAAAUGUGGUUCGAAAAGGAGAUCUUAACCAGAUGUAAACAAACUUUUAAACCCUCAAAAUGUGCCAAACUUUACUGUUUACUUUAACAAACAACACCUUUAAAUCUAACCUUUAUAGGAAAUCAGUUCUUGUCCUUUUUAGAAAGAAUAUAUUUAAGUUGGUUGCAUUUUACUUAUGUAUUAUACUUAAUGAUGAAACUUAGAUGCAACCAAAUGUAGUAACCCACUAAGCUUAAAAUUUAUACAGCAUUGCAUUUAGAAAUGUGUUUGCUUUUUAUGACUGAAUGAGCAAAAUGCAACUUGAAUUAAAAUGAAUACAUUUGUUGUUGAAAAAUGUCAAUGAUUACAUUUCUAACCUUCCUUUUUAUUAAGACCAUCAUAAAAAAGGUCAAAAACAUACAGUAUUUUAAUUUUAAUUAUUUAUUGUUCCUUCCUGGGCUUUUUCCAUACUCUAUUUUCUUUUUAAAAGAACUUUCAAGAUAAUACAGAUUUAAAAAAAACAAUUUUCAGUGAACUUGCAGUAAGGCAACAUACUGAUUAUGAAGUUUCCAAAGCUUCUAGAAUAUAUUGAUCAGUACAGAAUACAGAUAAAAUGAAAAAGAAAGAAAUUACUAAAGAGAAUAAAUCACUGCAUUUCACCAAAGAGAACUUCUAUUCUUCUAUCAUUUCUCAUGAGUGAAUCACCACAUUUUCUUUAACUGUUAUUAUUCCUGUAAUUAAGUUUCUUCAUUUCAAUGAUACAGACUGUUCUGGGACCUCAUAACAGAAUGUUUUGUACUUGCUCAUGCAUUAGGAGUUUUCACCAGUUUCUAGGGAAUUAAUACUGUUUUUAAUUACAGAUAUCCAUUUCUGAAAAGAUUUCUUUAAAAUAAAAGGAAGAAAAUAGCACAGGGAAAACUUCACUAUAGAACAAGACUGCUUAAGCAAUUGACCUUUUCUGUGAAGCUGGUUUGCACCCAUUUCUAAGUAGUGUUAAGACCACUUAUUUCAAGUUUUUUCUUAUUGGAAAAACCUAUUGAAUGCUAAACAACAGUCUAAAUAGAAAUAAUGGCUGAGAUCCCCAUACACCAUGUGAAAUUUAACCUAUGUGAAAUUAGUAAGAUUGUUUUGUAAUGUACAGAAAGUAGAACAACGUUUUGAUAGCAUGUGAAUACCCCUAGUGUUCUCUUAUGGUCCGCCACCCUGAUUAAUUUCUUUGGUGGAUUUAUGCUGAGCUGCAGUCACAGCACAUUAGAGCAACAACAAAUGUCCAUCGCAUUUACCAGUAUGUCCACACAUUUAUGCCUGUUACUGUAACUGCUCUGAUUCUGGGUAGUUGUUACUCAACAACUGGGAUAGAGGCAGAAUAUCUAAAAUUUAAUUUGGUGAGAAGAGCAACAUACAUUAUACUGAGAAACAAUCUUUCUCCCAUAACAUGUAAAUGUUAAGAAGUAAGUCAGUUCGAUAACAUUAGUGUUAAAUACCAGUCGCUGUGGGUCUCUUGAUUUACUACACAGAUUUGAUUGUUUGAAUAUAAUGAUUUGACUGACUUGACAUAAACAAUACCAAUUAGAAUUUUGGUUUACCUGGAAAACAUUAAUCAGAUGACAUUGAAAUAAUCAGAGAUCAACAAAGCGGCUGACAGAUUCACUGCAAAAAAUAAACAAUCCUGUAUGUGGAUGUGGAGGUUUGUCAUACAGAUUGCAAUCCAUAUCUUUAUAUAUGUCUGCUGGUUUUGAAGUACAGAAAGAACAUUUUGAUUUUUUUUUGCAAUCUGAUUCUAUAUACACUUGAGGACAAGAGAUCUAAGUACUGUCCUUUGAUUACAGAGGGAGGUCUGCCCAGUGCAUGGCAAAUAUAGUACAUGCUUGAGUGUUGCACACUGUGCAUGCAAGCAUGUUUAGUCAUGCAAUAUUAUGUCUAAAACCGAUAUUUUCACAGCUCUUGACUGCACUGUGUAUUUAUAUAAAAGAACAAACACAAGGCUGCCACCCACAAUCGAAUGACUUCAUCACUGUGGAGGAGAGAUUUGUUUGUACAGUACCCACCAAAAAAGCUUUAAAACCUGUUUUCAUUAUUCUGUUUUUUCUGCCUGAUUCCAUUCAGCAUCUCUCUUUAACAAUAAAAAGCUUGGAAAUAAAUUCAGGCUUGUAAACAAUCACCUUCUUUGUUUGAAGAUAACACAAAGCAACAUUAAUAAUUAAAGAGAGUUUGCUUUUCUGACAGUUUCCUUUAAAAACUGAAAACUAAUUUUCUGCUGAUCUCCGGUGCUCAGUUCUGAAUGCCCUGUUUGUCUCCUAGCUGUGCUAGUUUCUGUGUACAUAACCAUUAUAUAUUUGACAAGCUACACCUAAAUGUCAAAUGAACAAAACCUUUAUCAAACUGAAUCAAUUCUGUGUUUCUGGAAACGUUUACCAAGGGAAAAGAGCUCAACAGAAGAGCUGAUUUUUUAAUCUGUAAACAUAAGUCUUAGAAUUUACAAAAUUCACAUAAUAACCUAAGGGAAAUUCACAACUUGUGCUUUAGUCAUAGCUGCAAAACUCAAUUUAUAAAUGUGUGAAAUGAAAAUUCUGAUGAAUUGCAUGGUGUUACAAAUCAACAAUAUAAGUGAACUAAAUUGUUUUAAACUGGUUUUCACUUUGUCUGGCAAAGCAUUUCAUUGGCUGAAGGCGCAGAGGUGCUCUCCAAACCUCUGAUGUGUGACACUGAUGUUGGUUCACACAAAUUCAGACUCACAAUUCAAGGUUAUAUUGUUCAGUAUGUGCACACAGAACAUAGUUUCUGAAGAAAAAAACAAGAAAUUUUGUUCUUGAAAAACAAAGCAGUCAAGUUAAGAAUGGAAAGAAACAAAUCCCAGGUUGCAGAAAACAUCAGAAAAACAUUUUUAAAAUUAAUUUCUCUGCUUUUUGUUCUUUUUCUUUAAAUACGGUGAGAAUACAGGGGCUGUAUACGGCCUAUGAACAAAAUUGGGUGCAGAGGAAACCAUAAAGAGAAAUGUGAAGUAAAUGUUUUAAUGAAAAACAGUUUUGUUCUGUAUAUACAGUACAGUAUUUGAGUCUUUGAACACAAAGAUAGAAGACAUUUCUCAUAGUGAUUUGUUUGAAAAAAAAAGUGUUUGUACAGAUAUGGACUCAAUGUGCUGCAUUACUUUUAGGUCUGGGGUGGGGGGGUUGAUUUCUGCAGAAAUGUUGGGAAUUUCCAUGCUUAGGGUUCGAAAUAUGUGGGACAGAAGGGUCUCUCCUUCUCUAGCUCCUUUCUUGUUGAUGUUGUUGAGCUUGGACUGUGAAUGACAUUGUUCAGUGGUGACACCAUGGUAUUUAUGUGUCUAUAAAUGCAGUUCUCUAUUCUCUGUCAUUGUUGUGUGUGAAUGGAAGAAACUAAAUAAAUAAUGGAUUUUGCACAAUUGUA